CUCCACUCCACUCCCACGAUUCCCCAUGCCCAAUCAGCACCUACCUCGCUGCUCCCCGGAGCAGCUCGCCGUCGCCGCCUGAGCUCCGAAUUCAAUCCGCCAUGCCGGCCGCCGAGAGCUGCCACUCCCGCAGCCUCUCGUGGCUCGUGAAGUCCUGCAUACCCGCCGACCCCGCCCGCCACAUCGCCGUCCCCGUCCCAGUCCCCAUUCCGGCUCAUCCGGCACUUUGCCCCACCACCCUCCAACCACCUCCUCCCUCGUCGGCGUCCCCCAUCUCCGCCCUCCCCGACGACCUCCUCCUCGAGUGCCUCGCCCGCGUCCCCCGCGCAUCCAUCCCGCCGCUUCCAUCCGUCUGCCGCCGCUUCGCCACGCUCCUCGCCUCCGAUGCCUUCCUCCACCUCCGCCGCGCCCACGCCCAGCUCCACCCCUCUCUCCUCGCCCUCUCCGUCUCCGACAGUGGUUUCAUCGCGCAAGCGCUGCUCCAGUUCGACGCCUUCGCUCCCGUGCUCGAGGUCGCGGCGCUGCCCCUGCCCCCGACCCUGCUGCAUUGUGGUGGCUCCGUGUUCGCGCACGCCCGCGCGGUCGUGCUGGGCCGCGAGGUCUUCCUCAUCGGCCGUGGAGCCACGCUACGCGUCGACGCGCUCACCGGCGCGGCCCGUGCUUGCGCGCCGACGCUCUUCCCGCGGAAGAAGUUCGCCGCCGCGGCCGUUGGCGACCGGAUCUACGUCGCUGGAGGGUCCGCGCGCACCGCGGCGGUCGAGGAGUACGACCCUGAAGCAGACGCGUGGCGCGUGGUAACCGAGGCGCCGCGGUGGAGAUACGGCUGCGCCGGCGCGGCUGCCGGAGGCGUGUUCUACGUCGCCGGAGGUGUCGCGGUGUCCGGCGAAGGCGCGCGGGCGCUCGAGGCGCACGUGUGCGCCGGGUCGGUGGACGCGCUGCACGUCGCGUCCGGCACCUGGGCGCGGCCGCGUGCUCUCCCUGGCGGCGGCUGCGUCGUGGGGGCGUGCGGCGUCAGCGAGCACCUCUACGUGAUAGCCAGCCACGCGGUGGAGCUCUCCUUCUGGAGGUGGUGCGGCGCCACCGGCCGUGGCGGGGACGGCAGAGGCUGGGGCGGUUGGGUGGCCCUCGAGGCGCCGCCCAUGCCUCGUGGAUCGGUGGGGCUCGGCAUGGCCGUGCGCGUGGCGAUGGCCGGCCUAGGAAGCAAUAGGGUGGCGGCCGUGGUGAGCGCGGCGGCCGUGAGGGGACACGUUAACGCGGGCGGCGGCGGCGCGUUGGAAGGGAUGGUGCUGGUGUACGACAUCGCCGGCGGCAAGUGGAGCCGCGCGCCUGACCUGCCACCUGCGUUCCGGCGGGCCGCGUGCGCCGGCGUCGAGUGCUGACAAUGCAGGUGGACGUGGCCCCACAGUUCAGCGAGAUUCCUGCCAUUAGGUAUUUUGGUGGGUGUAGAUUGAUGCUAUGUCAAGUAACAUGGCGCCAUCGUGGGAUUGUUCGUUGAACAACAACUGAUGGGAUAUUUGGAUGACACAAUUUUUUCUCCAGUUGUUAUUUAUCAUUGGCAGUUCAAUUCGAUUCAAGUACAAUUCUUAACCAUUUUAUGCACAUUUUCAAUGGGAUAAUCACUCGUUGAUGGCGAUUGCGAUCGUUCUGAAGCUAUCAUUUUUCUAGGAGAAAAACAGCACGCGGGAGACUGUGGGGACUGGAGGCUGUGGCCAUGGUCCCAUAAAACUGAUUCGAGUUAGACAUGUUGUCUACUUCUCUGUGGCUUCCAGUGAUGCCAACAACGUACCGUCUCGACUAUCAUCCAGCGACUCGUUGGUGCCACCGACCAGCUGCUGCAAGCUGCAAUGCAAGCCCCACAUUCCGGCGGUCUCCCGUUUGCUGCUCGCGCUGAAAU